AUGGACACGAAUCCCUUCCGCAACCCAGCGGGGUUGUCUUCUUUCCCAGACUUGAUGAACGAUCCAGCUUUCGAUGAGAGGGAUAAGGGUAUCGAGGAUAUGGAUACUUGCCGCAUUUGCCACGGAGAGGCUACAGAAGAAGAACCGCUGUUCUACCCAUGCAAAUGUAGCGGAAGCAUCAAGUUUGUUCACCAAAGCUGCCUGGUGGAAUGGCUGGCACACUCGCAGAAGAAGCAUUGUGAGCUGUGUAAAACACCUUUUCGGUUCACCAAAUUAUACGACCCGAAUAUGCCACAAAACCUCCCGACGCCCUUAUUUUUGAAGCAAGCUUUGAUUCAAUCUUUCGGAACCCUGAUCACAUGGCUGCGAUUUGGUCUGGUUGCCUUUGUCUGGUUAGGGUGGUUGCCAUGGUCGAUGCGCGCAAUCUGGAGGGCACUCUUCUGGCUUGCAGACGGACGAUGGUCCGCCAACGGCCAACAGCAAAUUGCGGAAGGAAGUCUACUGCAAGGCGCUGCAAACAAUACCGCAGCCACUGCUGCCGUGGUCAGCUCGGCGAUCCCGUCAGUCUCAAGUGCAAUUCAAUCCACUCUCGGUACUCCACCAGCAGUACAGUCAUCGACCGAGGGAUUUUCCGCUGGAGAACCGAUGAUGCUCACGCUCAUCAAAAAAGUGAUACCAAGUCUCUUUCUCCCCGCUUUGACAUCACCAGGUGGCCACAAUGGCUCCUUACCCACUAAUAUGACUGGGCUAUCAAAGGCUCGGUAUCCGUCAUGGCUCUCGGAUGUAAAAUUUCUCAUCACACUUACACCUUACCCGACCAUCAACAACAUGAUCAUCGAUACUCUGGAGGGACAGCUCAUUACUCUUUUGGUAGUCGUCGCUUUCAUACUUCUGUUCCUUAUCCGAGAAUGGGUCGUCCAGCAACAACCCAUGGUUAACAUUGCUGAGGGCGAACGGGAAGCCGCUAUGCAAUUGAAUGUUAAUGCAAACCGCAUGAAUGAUCAAGCACAACCACCUCAACCUGCCGGCCCUGUUGUUCGUCCGAACUUUGGCAAUCAUGAGCAGCAUGACGUAGCUCAAGAAGAGCUCCAUGAAAUUCCUCGCGCUGCAUCUCCCGCUCCCUCCUGGACCGAUUCCGAUGACGAUCUUCAACCGCUACUUGGGGUACCUCCUAUUCCUAGCAAUAUUCUAGCAGAAGGAGACGCUCAAGAUAGUGCAGGGGAAGGUCUUGCAAGCCCGUCAUCCCUCCAUCGGGACCACCCUGCCAAUUCUGGCGUAGCUGGCUUCAGAGAUAUAUUGGCUCGCUCCAAUGGUGACCGCGAUGAAAUUUUACGACUUAUUCGUGACGAAGGCCGUGAGGAUGAACUAGGCUGGAUUGUGAACGCGUUGACUCCAGACUCUCAGGACCAAAAUUUGGCGGGACCUUCAAACCGUGCUGUCAAUGCCGAGGUUGAUGAAACCUCCAGCCCGCGUGAUUCGUUCAAUCUACAGGAACAAGACACUACCCCUCAACAAAUGCAAUCGAAUGAUCAGCCUGCCAGCCAAUUUCCCCGUGUCCAAGAGGAAGCAUCACGUUCAGUAGCCUUGCAAGAAGAUAUAGAGAACCCACAAGGAAUUACAGAACGCUUGGUGAACUGGUUUUGGGGAGAUAUUACUCCAGGAGAGCAUGAUCCUGCCGAGGCAGUACCAGCAGAUGAUGAGCAUGUUGUUCAGGACCCAGCGUUGGAAGAGCCUUUUGUCCCCGUCCCAAAUCGAUUGGAGGACCCACCCAUGGAAGGAGAUAUGGCCAUCGCCGCUGAAGCGGGGUUAGAUGCCAAUGACAUGGAUGCAAUCGAAGGAGAUGAUUUCGAAGGAAUCAUGGAUUUAAUCGGCAUGCAAGGCCCCAUCUUUGGUCUCCUACAAAAUGGUGUCUUCUGUGCUCUUCUAAUCGCCUUCACGGUCACAGUUGGCAUCUGGCUUCCCUACCUGUGGGGAAAGAUUGCCCUGGUUUUGCUGGCCAAUCCGUUGGAAUUGAUUGUGGGUGUUCCAAUGACUACCCUCACUGUCGUAACAGAUAUUGCUCUUGAUACUUUGAUUGGCGUUGUUGGCUACCUCAUGUACUGGUUGACAUUUAUCUGCAAAUUGGUGCUGAGCCCAUUUGUUGCAUUUGUCCCUCUUGGAGAAUGGAUCCCACGAGGCAAAUCCGUCACAACCGCUUCACUUUCUCUUAUUGACGCCAGUACUCAUCGAUUGAACAAGGUUGUCAAAGCCUUCCUUGUUUUCAAUGAGUCUGACAUACCCAUGUUCUCGGUUCUUUCUCACCAGGCACUCAGACUACACCAGGCUCGUCUCCUGGCCUUCUUCGAGUCAAUAUGCGCUAUCAUAAAGUUUGUUUUACACGACUUUCCCUUGCGCUUGAUCACACUUGGGGUUCCCGGGGCGCUCUCCUUCGACCUGGACCUUUCCCAAGUUAAGGAAUACGCCGUGCAAAUCCAGCAGCAUGUCGGAAACUUCACCAGGUCUCAGCUAUAUUCCAGUUCCGGAACGAAGCUGCUGAAUGCAAGCACCGCCAAGGCAGUCUCGGGAUCUGCGGCCGUCGAUUACGAUCUCGCUGUGUGGGAUACCAAAGACCGCAUCAUCGCUAUAUCUAUGGGGUAUCUUCUUGCAACAAUUAUGGGAUAUCUUUACCUACGGAUCACUGGAUUUCUGGCUGGACCUAACCGCGGACAACGGAUUGAAGGUGUGGUUGCCGAGGUACUUCUCCAGGCUGGGGGAGUAAUGAAAGUAAUUCUCAUCAUUGGUAUUGAGAUGAUCGUUUUUCCUCUCUACUGUGGCACAUUACUCGACAUUGCUUUGCUUCCCCUUUUCUCGGAGGCAACAAUUCUUUCCCGCAUCGCUUUCACCACAGGAUCUCCGCUCACGUCGCUCUUCGUGCACUGGUUCAUUGGCACUUGUUACAUGUUCCACUUUGCCCUAUUUGUGUCUAUGUGCCGAAAGAUUCUGCGAACGGGCGUUCUUUACUUCAUCCGAGAUCCCGAUGAUCCUACUUUUCACCCCAUUCGCGAUGUCCUGGAGCGCAGCAUUACCACCCAACUUCGGAAAAUUGGCUUUAGUGCCCUUGUUUAUGGGACUCUAGUCAUUGUUUGCCUGGGAGGAGUUGUGUGGGGCCUGAACUUUGCAUUUGAGGGUGUUUUACCCAUCCAUUGGUCCGCCAGAGCCCCUAUGCUUGAAUUCCCAGUGGAUCUCUUGUUCUACAACUUCAUUAUGCCACCCAUCAUUCAAUCCUUCAAGCCUUCGGAUGCGCUGCAUGACUUGUACGACUGGUGGUUCCACCAAUGCGCUCAUUUCCUGCGUCUCAGCAAUUUCUUCUUCCCGGACAGACACCCCGAAGAGGAGGGACACUACGUUUAUCGGACUUGGUGGGGGUUUAUUGCCGGACGCAAGGGCGAGUGGGAACAUCCUGUGGUCGGGGCAGCUCAACAGGCCGCCGCAGAGAACGAAAACCGUGACGUGUAUUUCCUCCGAGACGGCCGGUAUGUCCGGGCUCCUGCAUCGGACCAGGUUCGCAUACCUAAAGGAACUCAGGUUUUCUUGGAUGUGACCGAGGACAAUGAACGCGUUGAUGGGAAAAUCGAUUUGGAUGAUGGCCUACAUGGACGUUCCAGCAACAUGUUUACCAAAGUCUACAUCCCGCCUUACUUCCGACUACGAAUCGCCGCUUUCAUUCUCCUCAUCUGGCUGUUUGCUGCCACCACAGGGGUAGGCAUUACAAUUAUUCCGCUCAUCAUUGGGCGGAAGAUGAUCACUGUAUUUUUUUCAAGUCCAGUGCCGGUGAAUGAUAUCUAUGCAUUUUCCAGCGGGCUAUGUAUUGUUUUCAGCUUUGGUUAUCUGGUUUAUUACUGUCGCGCAGCAGUGAGAGCCAUGCAGGGCAACUCGUGGGCACACUUGCGAUCCCCCAGUGAGUUUGGCCGGCUUUGUGCAGCUCUUGCACUCGAUGCUGGGCGUCUUCUCUACAUCUCUGCUACCUUGGCCAUCUUAUUGCCGACUCUUUUCGCACUCCUCACCGAGCUUUAUGUGUUGAUCCCCCUACAUACCCUUUUCGGGGACGGCAAAUCCCAUGUUGUUCAUGUCGUUCAGGAUUGGACGCUAGGGGUGCUUUACGUCCAGAUGGCAAUCAAGUUGACUUCGUGGCAUCCCCAGUCCUGGGCCGCGGCCGUUCUUAACGGUAUUUUUCGCGAUGGCUGGCUCCGUCCCAAUGUGCACCUUGCCACCCGAGCUCUUAUCCUACCUCUGUUACUUUUCACAGCUGCUGCCAUUGUUCUUCCUCUUUCGCUUGGCGGAAUCUUGGGGCACACCGUUCUCUACAGGAUUGAGGCGCAGCAAAAUAUCUACCGCUAUGCUUACCUCGCCACGCUGCUAUUCGCUUUGGCCGCGUGGGCUAUCCACCUGGUGCUUCGGUGGGUAACCAUCUGGCGCAUCAACAUGCGGGAUGAUGUAUAUCUUAUCGGUGAGCGAUUACAUAAUUUCAGCGAGAAGCGGGCACGAGAUGUUGGGGUUUCUCGGAGGGUGAUCACAGGGUGA